AUUUCCAAUAUCCAACCUUAAUGCCAAGUCCGCAAUCCGUAGUGGGAUAUGAUCUUUACGAACGUACCCAACGACUGACACAUAACAUCAUUGGUCGGUGCCGUGACAGUGUCAUGAUCAGUUGCCAGCCACGAUACUGGCGAUAACUCGGUGCAUAUGAGUUUUUGUGAAUGUGUCAAAGUUGAUCGUGUACGCGUUUCCGCGUGUAACAAGACGAGAACUCGCAACAUGUAACUGGACUCACUGUUCAAUAUCCAUUUUUUUUCUCUUGAUGCACUCGUAUGCUUGCGCCUAGCGCUGAAUACUACGAUAAAUCUGUGUGAUGAUCUCCGUCACGGUGACGGCCAGCGAGUUAAAGUUGAAGUCGAGAUUUCGCGAGAUCAACAAGAUACUGAUUUAUUGACGAAGGCGAGAGCCGUGCAAAAAUGACCGAAAGUUUGAUAAACGAGUGGCUGGUGGAAUGCAAGGAUGUCUCGCCGUCGGAGCUGCACACAUUUGCGAGUACACUGUCGCAGGAUAACGAGAUCGUGCGAGCUCUUUAUAUGCUUCUGGAGGAGCGCACUAAAUACAGUGAGUUGAUGGACACAGUGUGCAAUCAAUUAUAUAAUUUUUAUCGAUCCCGGGAAAUAGAAUUACAAAGGUUUACUCUGCAAUUCCUACCAACAUUAAUAUACAUUUACUUAAAUUCUGCUGCACAUGGUGAUAUUAAGAACUGUCGCUCUCUUGAGACUCUAUUAAUUGGAUUAUAUAAUUUGGAAGUGGUCGACAAAUCAGGACAACAAAAAGCAAUCUCAUUUAGAUUACCGUCUCUUGCUAUGUUAUCCAUAUAUCAUGAGCCUGCAAGUUUAGCACCUGCCUCAUUAACAGAAAGUGCAGUGCGUCGUUUUGAAGAAUGUAAUACAAAACUUGUGAGCUGGGGUCCGUUGCGACAAGUAGAAACGUUGAAUGCACAAAAUAGAUUGAAAGUCAUGACAGCCUUACUUUUUAUUUAUAAUCAACAACUUGAUUAUAUAAAUAAAUUUGCUUUAGAACAAUUAUGCAAGGUUGCUACGAAACUCGUCACUCAAGGAUUUAUGAAACCAGGACAUCAUCAACGUUCUUCAUACGGUAGUGAGUCUAGCUUUGUUCCAAGGCUUUUACCACGUAUACCAGUAUCCAGUCAGUUUCUCUUGGAAUUCUUGCACGCUGUAUAUUUUGCCAUGUAUAAUGAAUGUUGGUACGUAGGCAAUCAAGCUGUAGAAGAUAUUCAUAACAGAGUAUGUUAUGAAUUAUAUCCAGAUGUAAUGUUAGUUACAAACGCUAUACGGAAUUCUGCCAGUACAGGAGCAUCAGGUCAACCGAGCGAUGGACCAAUUGGAAUAAGUGUUGCAUUGUCUCCAGCAACCGCGACACCGACUAUUUCAAAGUCUAUGAUCACAAAUGCUUCCUUCCGUACUAAGAAAUUACCAGACGAUCUGGAUGAGAUGUUAUUCGCGGUCGAAUUGAGCAAUUGUCAAAUCGAGAAGCAACAACAACCCGCAGUACCCGGCGGCAGCAAACAUCGUCCAUGGCAUUGGAAGCACACACUUCCAAAUCCGGUUGAUAAGAAGGAUGCGGGCUUAAAGAAGGCGCAAUCUUCCUCUUCGUUGGAAAGUUCUAGGCGUGGAAGUAUAUGCAGCAGCAGCCAAAGCUCGCCGAUAAAGUCCUCUCCCAAAAAGAGCAAAGAUCAACAAUCAAAGAAAACGGCUGUCGACAAUAAGGAUGAUGUUGGACAGAAAACUAGAAAAGAUAGUAACGUAAAGUCCAACUUUACUUUUUCCGACGAUAGAUUAUCAGCUGCUAAUGCGCAUCUGUAUAGCGUGUUAGAAGAACAAGCUCUGGGAGAGAUCAUUCGUGAAUCGGUGGAAAAUGCAUAUACCGAAGGCAACAGUAGAUCAAUCAAUUAUUGUGCCAGUGCUGCACUGUCAUCCAAUAUAUGGUAUUAUCACUUCAGUUACAACACUGUAGGAUGGCGUAAACGUCACGCUAUGAUUUUUCAUCAAACUUACAAUUAUGUUUUGGUAUACACUAGCACAUGCAAAAUGAAUUGUUGAUUUAUAAUGAUUCAUGUGAUCGUGAAUAUGUUCCUUUCAGAAAUACCAAUUCCAGCUAUAACAACCCACACACAUAAAACAAAAACUAAACAGAAAACCAGCGCAUGACUGGAAAAUAUGCAUGUCAACACGGCACAUUUAUCUUCCCGCACCAAGAAUUUCAAGUAUAUUGUUUAAUUAGAUAAUGUACUUGAUGUUCCUUUCCUACAUUUUAUCUAUUUUUUACUGAUUUCUCAUUUGAAUAUUACUUUCACUUGUAAUCAAAUGUAUUUUCUAUAUUUUUUUAUAUUCUCUA